AUGGCGGAGCGUUUCAGCCCCCGUUUGCCCACCCAUCCAUACCCACCUCCCUAUGCGUUCCCAUCAACAUCUUCUUCACGGCUAGACGCCGCCCAGAGUCCGCUGGGGCCAGGAGCGGUCGUGCUUCUCACCGGUUCUACGGGCGCCCUGGGCUCCUACCUUCUUUCUUCGCUCGCAGAGAACCCGGACGUGUCGCGCGUCUACGCGCUGAACAGGGGCAGUGACCGAUCAAGCCUACUGGAGCGACAGCGUUCGACUCUAGAUUGCCGUGGCUUGGACUGCAGCAUCCUCGGCGAGGGAAAGGUUGUCCUGCUCGAGGCAGAUGUCAGCGUGGAAGGUUUCUGUCUGGAUGAGGGAGUUUACAAGGAAAUGCACGAGACGGUGACCCACAUCAUCCACAACGGUGCAUGUCUGAUUGCUUGGCUUGCAGCCUGGCCUGUCAACUUCAACUACACCCUUGACGGCUUCGAGAGCAGCAUCCGUGGCCAUCAGCAUCUGAUCGAGUUCGCGCUGUCAUCGCCGCUUCCUCUGCCACCUCGCUUCGUGUUCACGAGUGCCAUCGGAGUUCUGCAGAAUGUUCGCUCGAAGUCGCCGAUACUCGAACGCCGCGUCGAAGCGGAGACGGCAGUCGGAGCCGGAUACGUGGAGUCCAAGUGGGUCGCGGAAGAGAUGCUGCAUGACGCCGCGUCAAGAUGCGACGCGUUUGACGCGCUGGUCGUACGCAUCGGCCAGCUGUGCGGAUCGCGCCGGGCAAUACGAGGCGUAUGGAACGAGCGGGAAUGGAUCCCGGCGAUGGUGCAGAGCGCACCGGCUGUCGGCUGCCUGCCUACGGACGAUAAGGUCGGUCGUGAAACUGCCAUUGUAUGCCAAGAAGCUUACAUCUGUGAACAGACUGUUGCAUGGAUCCCAAUCGACGACGGCAGCGAAAUUCUGGCUGACCUCACCCUCUCAGCCCCUGUACCACACACCACCGAGACGCCGGUCCGGACAGUACAUCUCAUUCACGCCGAUCCGGCACCGUGGUCCUCCAUUGCACCCGCACUGUCAGAUGAACUCGCUCUUCCUCUCGUCCCGUACGAGCAGUGGCUCGCUGCCCUCGAAUCACUAUCCGCACGCUGCAAAGCAACAUCGUCAGAAGCCACCUCUUUCGGGAGCCUCGAGAUGGCAACCUUGCCGGGCGCCGAGAAACACGCUCGGUUGCGCGCUCUCCGCCUGCUUCCCUUCUACCAGGGCCUGGCUGGAUGGGGUGGAGGCGACGCGAUGGGUUUCCCGACGCUGGACUGCUCGGAGCUGCGGAGGUUGUCACCGCGCGUGGGGGGAGAUGGUAAAGGGAUACCGAGGCUUCAGGACGCUGACGCCAGGGGGUGGAUGGGAUAUUGGCGCAGCAUUGGACUGUUUGACUGA